GCACUAUUUUCAAGCAACGUGGAAAUUCGAAGGCUAAAAAAUUCCUGCCCUGCUUUUCUUUUACGUGCUCUCCAAGUCGAAGGACUGAUCAGUUAUGGCUUCGUUUCUUGCUCUCAGGAGACUUGUCUCUUCUAACUCCCUCCCUAGCUCUCAGCGUGUGAUCCGUCCUGUAACGACAACUCCAUCGGCCACACGCCUCUUCAACACUAAUGCUGUCCGCGAGUUUGAUGACGACGAUGACGAGCGCUGCCUGGACUCCGGUCGCCGUUCAGGCCGUUCCGUGUCUCGCCGUGGUGACGACUUUUUCUCAGGUAAUGUGUUUGGUUUGCCUCCAACACGAAGUGUGAGCCAGGUGCUGAACCUGAUGGAUCAAUUCAUGGACAAUCCAUUCCUCUCCGCUUCCCGUGGCUUGGGUUCCGGAAUCCGCCAUGGUUGGGAUGCCCGCGAGACGGAUGAUGCUCUACACUUUCGCGUUGAUAUGCCAGGACUGGGCAAGGAGGACGUGAAGGUCGCGGUGGAGCAGAACACGCUAAUAAUCAAGGGUGAAGGAGAGGCGGGAGAAGGCGAGGAGAGUGGCAGGAGGUACUCGAGCCGAAUCGAUCUGCCAGAGAAAAUAUACCAGACCGAUCAAAUCAAGGCUGAGAUGAAGAAUGGUGUGUUGAAAGUUAUUGUGCCCAAGCUGAAGGCGGAAGAGAGGACUGAUGUCUUCAACAUUAAGGUUGAAUAGGAUAAGGAUUUUCAUGUUAUGGUUUUCAUUGGGAUCUGGUGCAUGUGUAUGUGUUUUUAGAUGUCGUAGGGAAUAUCAUAUGAAUAGUUUAGUCUUGACUGUUAUUUGAGUUUUGGAACUGAUCUGGGAAAUUGGCGUUCUUUGUGAAUCAUGAUUCUCACUUGCCUCUUUAUAUAAUCCCUUGAAAUGAAUUUGAUCUGGUUUUCCUCCUGCUGA